CUUCACUUUGUGUCGGUUCAAAUUUUGGAUGGCACACAGCACAUCUUUGCGGUUCUUCGCUGGCUUCUCUCUCUUUUUUUCUCUUUAUCUAAUUAUAGAUCCUCAGACGAUGAUUAUAGCACUCUUAUGAUUUCACAGUAAAAACAGAUUACAUGAGUAUAGAAGAAUAUCUUGAAGACGAUGAAGAACCACCUUUACUGCUCAGCUCCUGUCUGUCUCAUCCUGUUGGAGUUAUGGGGGACAUUAGCGGCACAGUGUCAGUGGGACGAGGGCUGUGUGUGUCCGCUCUGUCCAUCAGGGCAGGAGCCCACCUCGGCUUGUGUGGAAGCUGAGGCUCCUGAUGAGACUGGAUCGUGCCAGAUUUGCCCAGCAGGCAGCUUCUCAGACACCCAUGACACUAAGCCAUGCCGCCCACAUACGUCCUGCAGAGAACUCAACCGCUGGAUCCUCACAGCACCGACCUCACAGUCUGAUGCCGUGUGUGGAGUAUGUCUUCCUGGGUUUCACCCUGCUGCUACACGGAAGACCUCCACCCUCCACGCCUGUGUCAGUAAGCCAUACACUCGUCGCAGACGUAACGUUAAGAAUACCCCCAGCAGGUCUGGAGUGGGAGGUGCAAACGCCACCAGCGUUAACAGUCCAGAGGAGAAGAGCACAGAGUAUGCCGUCUUUGCAUUGGUGCCUAUCUUCUGCGUGAUGGGACUGCUGGGGAUUCUCAUCUGCAACCUACUGAAGAAGAAGGGCUACCGCUGCAAUGCCGAGAAAGAGCCCGUGGACGAAGAAUCUGCCACGCCUCAGAAAGAAGGAAACCUUUGUCCAUAUGUUAUCGAUGACCCCAAUGAAGACACGAUCAGUGUUCUUGUUCGACUCAUCACAGAGAAGAAAGAAAAUGCAGCUGCUUUGGAAGAACUGUUGCUGGAAUAUGAAAAUAAACAGAUGGCUAUGACCAAAAGCUCAUCUAUCAAGUUUCCUGCUCUUCCACAUUUAUCGCAGUUCCGCUCAUUGCCACGGCUGUGUACCCAUCAGCAUCAUUUGCACACUAUAAAUGGGCUGGCAUCUCGCUCUGGGCUCUGCUGUUCCCGCUGCAGCCAGAAGAAAUGGCCUGAACUGCUGCUGCCCGCCGAUAUGCACAAAAGCCCCACUAAGCUGGUCAAGAGCCCCUUGCCCGGAGACGUCACUAUACUGUCUGUUGGAAGGUUCCAAGUUGCUCAGAUCCCGGAAAUGAAGUCCGCUUCCAAGGAAGUGACCCGGCGGGAAUCGAGCGAUACGGACUCUGUGGACAGUGGCCACACUGAGUCCGUGGAAGAGAGGUCCCUGCUGGGCAUGUCCUCUUCCUCUAACUCCACCUCCUCAAAGACAGACAGGAGAUGAACAUAUGAAAGAUUAGAGGAGGACAUCCAUUGAAGUGACACUACCUUCUUGGGAAUGACAUCAUCAGUAGCCAACACAUCAGGGCAGAUAUGUUGCGGGGAUGUCAGUAUUCAUGCCCUUGGGGAGCCAUGUAUUCAAGACCUUUGGAAACAUUUUUAUUUAUUGCAUAAGUCAUUGAACUAUUUAAUUUUAUUUAUAAAAAAAAAAAAAAAAAAAAAAAAAUCUGAUAAUAGGAGACAGUAGGGCAUUUACCAUGUAAGGAGUCAAGGAUGGGCGUCACCAAAGAGGUCUUAAGUACGGCCUUCUCCACCAUGUAGUUUAAAGCCUCUGCUGACAGAAGCCCCCUUUUCACUGAUGCAAAUGUCACAAUUCACCCCUUGUGGCAGUCAUAAUAAACUUUCAGUAUGUUCACAAAGCCACCUUUUCACCUGCAAUGUUUCUGUUUGCAUUUACAGCAAGAGCAUUUACUCUCCAUUUAUUGACCGUUGUUGAGUGAAUGACUGCCAAUACUUUUGGAAAGAACAUAUUAUGGAUUGCCCAAGGCUACAGUGUUAAACAAUUUAAUGAAUUAUCUCUGAAUUAUUUAUAUUUAUUCAUAACUGUCCAACUGAGCAGGCGAUAGUAUAAGGUUUCACAAAAAAAGCCUUGACAAUUAUCACUUGAUGUUCAUAAUUUUGACAGGAAUACAUCACAUCCGGAUACUAUCUAGUCGCACAAAUUUAAAUAUUUCAACACAAAUUUCAAAUCGGAUCCAAAAAUCAAGUAUCUGCAGAGGGUCUGAUGACUUGCGGUCUAUUGUCUGGUAUUUGUCUUUAGCAAUGAAAAGGUGGUUUGACAUGUUGCACAAACAAACAGCACUUAGAACAAUGACACGUAGUUUGAAAACGUUAAAAAGUAUUAUGGGAAACUCUGUUAGACUGUUAGAGAUCGCUUUGUCAUUUAGUCAGUUAAGUAUAGUUUUGUGAACCUUUAGUUUUUUUUUUUGUUUUUUUUUACAUUUUACGAGUUGCAUAUUAUGUACAGUCAUGGUCGAAAGUUUGCAAACACUUUGUAUUGUUACCAGGGACUAAAAACGAAAUGUUUUUCAUUUUGGUUCGUUCUGAGCAAAAACUGUAUUUUUUUCGUUCCGGUUCAAAAGUUCCGCAGCCUCCUUUCCAAAAAGUUACUGGUUAGAACAAAAUAAAAGAACAGUUAAUAACGUUCUUUUUAAAAUAACGGUACUCUGCGCUAAGGGGUGGGUGAAAUACCAAUUGCAGUGUUGCCAGAUCUCACAAGAGAAGCAAGUAAUCUGGUCUGUAAAAACAAGCUCAAAAUAAGCCACUUGCCUCAAAAUAAGCAAGAAAAUUAGCGAUUUAUCACAAUAGAAAUUGUAACAAGUGUACAGUUAAUUAACAGUUAAGUAUAAUUUUAUUUAAAGAUCUGCUUCUGAGUCAAAACCUGGCAGCAUCAAAUCUGUAUUAAUGCAUCAUAUCUAACAAUAAUUCAGUGAAGACUUGGAAACAACUGAGAAAUGUACUUUACCUCUAAUAAUGUUUUCAUUUUAUCUGAAUUAGCCGUGCAUGAAUACAGUUGUGCUCAAAAGUUUGCAUACCCUGGCAGAAAUUGUGAAAUUUUGGCAUUGAUUUUGAAAAUAUGACUGAUCAUGCAAAAAAACUGUCUUUUAUUUAAGGAUAGUGUUCAUAUGAAGCCAUUUAUUAUCACAUAGUUUUUGGGUCCUUUUUAAAUCUUAAUGGUAACAGAAAUCACCCAAAUGGCCCUGAUCAAAAGUUUACAUGCCCUUGAAUGUUUGGCCUUGUUACAGACACACAAGCUGACACACACAGGUUUAAAUGGCAAUUAAAGGUUAAUUUCCCACACCUGUGGCUUUUUAAAUUGCAAUUAGUGUCUGUGUUAAUAGUCAAUGAGUUUGUUAGCUCUCAUGUGGAUGCACUGAGCAGGCUAGAUACUGAGCCAU